AUGUCUGACGCUGCGGUCCAGGAGGUCGAAGAAGGUGUUGGUGAAGUGAAAUUGUCCAAAAGUCAGUUGAAUAAGUUGAAGAGACAGCAAGAAAAGGCUGCCAAGAAGGCCGCUGUAAGUUCUUUUACUUUUAUCUUUUGUGUUUAGGUCCAAACAACAUGUAUGAAUUGGUUUUGCCUUAUUAUCCACCUCUUUUAGAGUCAAGGAGAAAAACAACAGCAACAAGAACAAGACGAAGGUGAAGAUGUGUCCGCUGGCAAGUAUGGAACCUACCAACUCUUGCAAUCCAGUCAAUUGGAUCAGAAGAAAGAUAUCACAUUCGUGGAUGUUCAAGAUUUGAAUGAAAGUUUGGAUGGAAAGGACAUCUGGGUCCGCGGAAGACUUCAUACGUCACGAAUCAAAGGAAAAACUGGCUUCGUCGUCAUUCGUCAACAAAUCUACACUGUCCAAGGACUUCUUUUUGUUGGGCCUGAAGCUUCCAAGCAAUUACUCAAGUUCAUCGGCAAUGUCUCCAAGGUGAAUAUAAUAUUUAUGAGUAAUUAUUCUUUUUUUUUGGUUUAUUUUUUAUAUUUUUUAUUUAGGAAUCCAUUAUUGAUGUACAUGGAACCAUUAGCAAGGUGGCUCAGCCCAUUACUUCUUGUUCUCAACAGUCGGUGGAGUUGAAGAUCAAGGAGCUCUGGGUGGUCUCCGCUGCCGAACCAAGACUCCCCCUGCAGAUUGAAGACGCUACCCGACCUGAGGAUCCUAGCAAUGAGCUGCCGACUGUUGCUUUGGACUCUAGACUGGAUAAUCGGUGAGUCUUUGAUAUUACUUUUGAGAUGUAUAGGCAUAAAGAGAAAAACGAGAUAUUCACGGUGAAGAAAUCCGGAUGUAAGAAGAGUGAAUGUUUAAUGUUUUGCCUUUUAGUGUCCUUGACCUACGUACACCAACAAGUCAAGCCAUUUUCAAAGUUCAAGCCGGAAUUUGCCAUGCCUUUAGAACCGCCUUGGUUAAUAAAGGCUUUAUUGAAAUUCACACUCCGAAGAUCAUCUCGGCCGCUUCUGAAGGUGGAGCUAAUGUGUUUGAGGUACGUUAAAUCUUAUUCUUUUUAUUUGUUUUGCGUUUAGGUGUCCUACUUCAAAGGCUCGGCCUACCUUGCCCAAUCUCCUCAACUGUACAAGCAGAUGGCGAUUGCUGGAGAUUUCGGCAAAGUAUUCACCAUCGGAGCUGUCUUCCGCGCCGAAGACUCCAACACUCAUCGGCAUAUGACCGAAUUCGUCGGUCUCGAUCUGGAAAUGGCCUUUAAAUUCCAUUAUCAUGAGGUGAUUAUAUUGGACUAGUCAUCUAAUCUAAAUUUUUUGUUUUAGGCUAUGUACACUGUUGCCAAUUGCAUGGUAGAGGUCUUCAAAUACCUUCAAGCCAAUUUGCAGUCCGAGAUUGAAGCUGUUGGAAGACAAUACAAGGCGGAACCAUUCCUUUUCACCGAGAAACCGCUGGUUUUGAACUACUGGGAAGGUGUAAAACUCUUGCAAGAAAAUGGAAUUGACCAAAAGGAAGACGAAGAUCUCUCGACUCCUACAGAAAAGGAACUCGGAAGAUUGGUCCGGGAGAAAUACAAGACCGACUUUUAUGUUCUGGACAAGUUCCCUCUGGCCAUUCGUCCCUUCUACACGAUGCCCGACCCGGAUGACUCGAGAUGGUCCAACUCCUAUGAUAUGUUCAUGAGAGGCGAGGAGAUCCUCUCCGGAGCUCAGAGAAUUCAUGACCCGACUUUGCUGGCGGAGAGAGCAAAGCUCCAUCAAAUCGACAUCUCCAAAAUCCAAAGUUAUAUCGAUGCCUUCAAAUACGGAUGCCCUCCGCAUGCCGGAGGUGGAAUUGGUAGGUGUUUGAGAUUGUUUUUGCUGUUUUUAGGUGGUCAAGAGGAUAAUGGAAUGGUUUGGACAUGAUUUUUGAACACCGGUUAUAUUAACCAUGAUGUUUUUAGGGUUGGAACGUGUCACAAUGCUCUUCCUAGGCCUCAAGAACAUCCGUCUCUCCUCACUCUUCCCCCGUGACCCUAAACGUUUGACCCCAUAG